AUGGCGCUGAAAUCUGCUGCCCUACUCCCUAAGGGUUUAUUUGGCCGCCUUCCAAAGGUAGCGGCCACCAGCGGUAAUAUUCAGCAGACGCGUAGGAAUUACAAGUAUGUUGGAAUGGUUGCCGAGACGGAUGGGACUUUCAAGGGGGAUCUCAAUUACGGCCUUCACACAAUAUUUUUCACUGAACUAUUUCGAGGAUUCGGUGUUAUGCUUGGACACUUCUUCAUGGAACCAGCCACUAUUAACUAUCCGUUUGAGAAAGGACCCCUAAGCUCUCGUUUCAGAGGAGAGCACGCUCUUCGUCGUUACCCAUCAGGAGAGGAACGCUGUAUCGCUUGCAAAUUAUGUGAAGCAAUUUGUCCGGCACAGGCAAUCACGAUCGAAGCCGAACCUCGACCGGAUGGAAGUAGACGGACCACUCGCUACGAUCUCGACACGAACAAAUGUAUCUUCUGUGGACUUUGUCAAGAGGCAUGCCCGGUUGAUGCUAUUGUCGAAGGACCAAAUUUUGAGUAUUCAACUGAAACUCAUGAGGAGUUGAUCUACAAUAAGGAAAAGCUUCUCUUCAAUGGUGAUCGCUGGGAACCAGAGCUGGCUGCAAAUCUUCAAGCGGAAUACUUAUAUCGAUAA